AUGGAGGCUGUAAUUGCUAUGAGUCACUGCACUUAUGAUCAGAGAGUUACUUAUGUUGCUGGAUGUUUUGUGUUUGAUGCUUUGUCAUGGUGGAACAAUGAGAUCUGCCUUCAGAUUGUCGGUCCACCUCCACUAAGAGCAAACCAAGGACAACAAGCCAGAGGUCAGGUCUUUGCCUUAAAUGCUGUGGAAGCUGCUAAUGAUCCUAACGUUGUUACUGGUACAUUUCUUCUAAAUGAUCAUGAUGCUACUAUGUUAUUCGAUUCUAGAGCCGACUACAGUUUCGUGUCUACUAACUUGUUGUGUAACUUAAAUGUGCCAACACGUUACUUGCAUACUUAUUAUGAGAUAGAGGUAGCUAGUGGUCAACUUGCUAGACUAGAUUGUGUAGUGCCUAAAUGUAUUCUUACUCUUGAGGGCUAUUCGUUUUACAUUGACUUGAUUCCGUUUGGAAUGGGUAGCUUUGACGUUAUCGUUGGGUUGGAUUGGUUGUCCCGUGUUGAUGCAUCUAUUGUUUGUCGCACAAAAAUUCUUAGAAUACCUAUGAGUGAUGGACAUGUACUAGAGAUUCAUGGUGAGCGAACCGAAACCAUCGACCGACAUCUUAUGAGUGCUACCGAAAAAGUAGUCAAGCUAGCUGAUAUUCCUAUCGUGCGUGAUUUCUCCGAUGUUUUUCUAGAUGAUGUGGUGGAAUUACCCCCACCUAGACAAGUCGAGUUUCGCAUUGAUCUUGUACCUUACGCUAUGCCAGCAGCUAAGUCACCGUACCGUUUGGCUCCUUCUGAAAUGCAAGAACUAGCGACACAAUUGCAAGAAUUACAAGAUAAAGGAUUCAUCCGACCGAGUUCUUCACCUUGGGGCGCACCUAUAUUAUUUGUUAAAAAGAAGGACGGGUCCUUUCGCAUGUGCAUUGAUUAUCGCGAGUUGAACAAACUAACGAUCAAGAAUCGAUAUCCAUUGUCGCGCAUUGACAAGCUAUUCGAUCAGUUGGAAGGCGCUAAGUACUUCUCGAAGAUUGAUCUUCGUUCGGGUUACCAUUAG